AUGUUGAGAAGUAGCAUCGUACUUGUAUUCGAGUUGGUGGUCUACGCCAUAAAGAUGCAUGCACUGAUGUUUGUGUACACGGCGAGGCUGGCAGUUAACCCGAUAUGGGUGCUUGGAUCUGCGUUCUGUGGCUUCAAGACCGGGAUCAUUGAUGGGAUGAGGUGCAUGCUUAUUCUCAGGGACCAUGGAGGAGAGUCCCGGAAGGCUGAGAAAUCAAAACAGCCCAAAAAUGCAGAGGACACAUUCCAAGGAGAGUUUUGCUAUAAGAAGUAUGCCUCCCAGAGCAUCCACAAGAAGUUCCUGAAGGGCAACCUUGUUAUAGUCAUAACCGACAUUACCGACAGCACAAACCUUUGGUGCUGCUUUCCUGAUGCAAUGUACAGGACCAUUGAGGUGUAUGAUGAAAUUGCUAGGAGGUUAUGUAAGGCCCAUGGAGGUCUCGAAGUAAGGAACGAAGGAGACUCUUUUUUUCUUGUAUUCACAGAUGCUCGAAAUGCGCUUGAUUUCUCUGUAGAGUUCUAUGGGGAGAUCAAGCGCAUUUCUUUUGGUUUUGGAGAGGCAGCCUGCUCUGGGGAGUGGGAAAACAAUAAGGAAUCCCGCCUCAUCCCUCUGAAGGUCCGGAUAGCCGUGAACGAAGGCCCGGUGGUACUGCGCCAUGACGAAUCCCUUGAGGUUUAUGGGGAUGUUGUGACCAGAGCCUUUAGGAUGCUGGAUCACUCGAAUGGGAAGAUCUGUGCUCCUCAGAGCUGUCUAAGUGGCUAUUCAUCUCCCAAGAAGGGAUUUCCGUUUUGUAUUCACAAAUAA